AAAUUCUACGGCCAUCACAAAUCACUCGUGAAGCUCGCGCAGUCCCCCGUUCCGUCCCCCGAAUCCCCAGAACCCUAGCAGAGCUCUCGAGCACGAGGCCGCGAUGGCGUCGGCCAGCGAGACGACAGAGCAGUCCACCAUAACGAGCACGACCAUGGACGACGGUGGUGCGCACGAGAGCAAGCGGGAGCACCUCAAUGGCGCGGCGGCCACCCCCACGGUGGGGCAGGAGGAGGAUGAGAUGAUCGGGCCGGGCCCUGCGCCGGCGAAGCAGCGGCAGAAGCGCCCGCUCCAGUUCGAGCAGGCGUUCCUCGACGCCCUCCCCUCCGCCGCUAUGUACGAGAAGAGCUAUAUGCAUCGGGAUGUCGUCACCCACGUCGCCGUAUCACCUGCUGACUUCUUCAUCACUGGGAGUGCAGAUGGGCAUCUGAAGUUUUGGAAGAAGAAACCUGUUGGGAUUGAAUUUGCUAAACAUUUUCGGUCUCAUCUCAGUCCCAUCGAAGGUCUAGCUGUGAGUGUUGAUGGAUUGCUUUGCUGCACAAUAUCCAACGAUCGGUCUGUGAAGAUAUAUGAUGUUGUAAACUAUGACAUGAUGUUCAUGAUGCGUCUCUCAUUUGUUCCUGGGGCUAUUGAGUGGGUUCAUCGAGAAGGAGAUGUUAAACCAAAACUUGCUGUUAGUGACCGGAAUACACCUUUAGUUCACAUAUUUGAUACUCAUUCUGGUUCAAAUGACCCAAUCAUGUCCAAAGAGAUUCAUGGUGGCCCUGUCAAAGUUAUGAAAUAUAACCACAUUCAUGAUGUUGUUAUAUCUGCUGAUGCCAAAGGACUGUUGGAAUACUGGUCUCCAUCUACCCUCAAGUUUCCAGAAAAUGAGGUGAGGUUUCGCCUGAAAUCGGAUACAAAUCUAUUUGAAAUUGCGAAAUGCAAGACAAGUGUGUCUGCUAUUGAGGUAAGCAAUGAUGGCACUCAAUUUGCUGUCACAUCCCCUGAUCGCAGGAUACGGGUAUUUUGGUUCAAAACUGGGAAAUUAAGACGUGUAUAUGACGAGUCCCUAGAGGUGGCACAAGAUCUUCAAAGAAGUGAUGUUCCAUUGUAUCACCUUGAUGCUAUUGAUUUUGGACGACGAAUGGCUGUAGAGAAGGAAAUAGAGAAAACAGAAAAUGUCCCACAACCUAAUGCUGUCUUUGAUGAGAGCAGCAAUUUUCUUAUUUACGCUACCCUUUUGGGUGUAAAGAUUGUAAAUUUGCACACAAAUAAGGUUUCCCGCAUCCUGGGGAAGGUAGAGAACAAUGAGAGGUUUCUGAGAAUUGCAUUAUACCAAGGAGACAAAGGCAACAAGAAGGUUAGAAAAAUACCUUCAGUAGCUGCCAAUGUCAAUGAUAGCAAGGAACCCUUAUCAGAUCCAACACUGCUCUGUUGUGCUUUCAAGAAGCAUCGGAUAUAUCUCUUUAGUCGUAGGGAACCGGAAGAGCCUGAAGACGCAACUAAGGGUAGAGAUGUUUUCAAUGAAAAACCACCUCCAGAAGAGCUUUUGUCUGUAUCAGACCUAGGAAAAACUGCUACAACAUCAUUGCCUGAUAAUUUGGUGCUACAUACUUCUAUGGGUGACAUUCACUUGAGACUAUACCCAGAAGAGUGUCCAAAAACUGUGGAAAACUUCACUACCCAUUGCCGGAAUGGUUAUUAUGACAAUCUUAUAUUUCACCGUGUGAUUAAAGGAUUCAUGAUUCAGACUGGAGAUCCUUUGGGGGAUGGCACUGGUGGGCAAUCAAUCUGGGGCACUGAAUUUGAAGAUGAAUUUCACAAGAGCUUGAGGCAUGAUAGGCCUUUUACACUUUCCAUGGCCAAUGCUGGACCUAAUACCAAUGGUUCUCAAUUCUUUAUCACCACUGUGGCAACUCCAUGGCUAGAUAACAAACACACAGUGUUCGGUAGAGUUGUGAAAGGGAUGGAUGUUGUCCAGCAAAUUGAGAAGGUCAAGACUGACAAGAAUGACAAACCAUAUCAAGAUGUAAAGAUCUUGAAUGUUACAGUUCCCAAGACAUAAGCUCCUACCUGAUCAGUUGGGUUUGGACAUUGUACCUGCACUCCUUGGUUGGACAUAUUUCUAACCUGUGGAAGAUUGUGCUGGAGUCUUAGAGAUCAGCUAUAUGCUGUGGUGAAUAGAGCACACCUUUCGCUGCUGUUGACGCUGUCUUAUUGGAACCUUGCAAUUUUCAGGAUUGAUGGUACCUGAGGAAUUUUAGGUUUAGCUUUGGAUUCCAGAAUCGUGGGGUCGAUUUGUGACGUUGGGUUAAUCUUUCAGGUUUAAAUGAAAGGAAAAAAAGAGUGAAAACACGCAGUAGCUGUUUAAUUUUUGAGAAUGGUGCGAGGAAGAUGUGCCCAGUUGUCCAAUGUAUAAUCAUAUAUCGGAACGUAUUUGUAUGCAUCAUUGUCCUAUACGUUUGGGUCAUGUUUGGAUACCUCGUACAUAGAUCGUGGAAGCUGACUUGUAAAAGCUACUUUAUACUUAGCCCAAUGAACUACUUAUGGUCUUUUGCGUUUCUAUUCUAA